AUGCCGGCUGAUAUCAUGUCCACCUGUCGCGCUGAGCAAUUCGGACCGUUGGCCAAACGGACUUGUGACGCGGAGGUGAAGUCUGGAUUCCUAGUGCUCCUGGGUCCAGGUGGGAUACGUCAGGACGUUCGUGUGGUAGUAUACCGUACCACCCAAGAGCACUUCGCCGUCAUCUAUCCAAGAAAACGGCUGUCGAAGCCGAUCGGAGUUGUGAAUCUGAGGAACACUGCCGUCGAACGCGUUGAUACAAACAGCGGUUUCUUCAUUCGUCAAAAGGGUUACGAUAAUGCGGUAUCCGCCAAGUUCUUAUGUGCCGAGCGAGAUUUAGAAGCGUGGUUAUCCGCCUUCUCCACUACUCCAUCGAGCUCCUGCCAGCACCACAAGAGUCUUCCCGUUCUAGUAGAAGAAGAAGUUUAG